AUGAGUUUUCCUUUCAAUCCUAAACCUUUCCUGAAUAGACUAACAGGAAAGCCAGUGACAGUGAAACUUAAGUGGGGAAUGAAAUACAAAGACUACCUGGUAUCUCUAGAUGGCUGUAUGAGCAUGCAACUUGCAAAUACAGAAGAAUGCAUAGACGUGGCAUUGUCUGGGCAUCUGGUUGAAGUUUUAAUAAGAUGCAAUAAUAUCCUUUGCAUCAGACGUAUUAAAGAAGAUGGAGAAAUGAGAAAACAGCAUCUUUUCUGGAGGAUUUACAUAUACUUCUAG